CAAACAAACAUAACCUAUUUGUUACGCCGGAAUAUAACAAAUUUUAUUAUGGCUAGACUAAUGUUUAAAAAAUUUAUAUUCACAAGUGGCUUCGGCGUCAGUUGCUUCUGUGGUGGUAUUUAUUUUCAGCGAAAGUUCAUCACCAAUGAUAUACAAAAAUAUCCCGCUCUUCCAAUAUUUGGGACUGUAUCAGCUGCAACACCAUUUACUCCUCAAAUAUCAGACACAAAAACAUCAAUGGCGAAUAGGAUAUCUCAGAUAAUGAAAUACGGAUUUCCAAGUCUAGAUAAUGUUCGAUCAUUCGAGGAUUAUGUUCUGAGCUACGAUCGAAGGAAUAAGGUAGCUCACUGGGUAUUCGAACACUUAACUCCUGAAACUGUUAAGAGAAACUCGGAUGUUGAUAGAUCUAAAUGUGAAUUCAAGCCUGACGAGAGUAUUCAUCCAUUCUUUAGGUCUCAAAAUUCCGAUUAUAAGGGUUCUGGUUAUGAUAGGGGACAUUUAGCAGCUGCUGGAAACCAUAAGGCGCAUCAGAAACAUGUUGAAGAAACUUUUUUUCUAUCUAAUAUUGCUCCUCAAGUAGCUGUCGGAUUCAACAGAGACUAUUGGAAUAGUUUAGAGAAAUACGUUAGAAAAAUGACCAAAGUUUAUAAGAAUGUUUACUGCUGUACCGGACCUUUGUAUCUCCCAAAAAAGGGAUCUGAUGGAAAGAAUUAUGUGAAUUAUGAAGUAAUUGGAAAAAAUUUUGUUGCUGUUCCCACUCAUUUCUACAAGGUUAUUGUUGGGGAAACUGAUAAUGGACAAUUGCAUAUGGAGUCAUAUUGUUUGCCAAAUGCCCCCAUAAGUUCAGAUACUCCACUAACAUCUUUCAUGGUCCCUCCAGAAUCCAUAGAGAGAGCUUCAGGCUUAUUAUUUUUUGAUAAUGUGAGUCGAGGUAAACUUCACAAAAUAAAUGGUAAGAGUAACUGAAUUCAAUAUUCUGCUCAAGGCUGACUUUUGAAGAAUGAAAUCUAUGAAAAAAUAUUGGUUUUAAAAGGUGAAGGUUGAAAUGGAAAAUCUCAAAAAAUUUGUGAUACUGACUACUCAAAAUAUACAUAAUAAUUUUUAAUAAAAAAAUAUGUGUGAUCAAAUGCAAAUGCAUCAAAUGAAAAUACAUUCAUUGUUCUUGUUUUGUAUUGUGUUGUCUUUGUCUAUAAAAAAUGUUUUUUCAAAUAAUAUAGUAAUUUUUAAUGAAAAGAACUUUAUUGUCAAAUGAGAAUAUAUUGUUCUUGUUUUAUAUUUUGUUGUAUCUGUUGAUUGAAAAUUUGGUUUUUCUAAAUAUAUACACAUAUCAAUGUUU